AUGGCACCCCUCACCCCCCAUUGGACCCAGCCGUCCCACGCGGACGUCCAGGAGGUCGUCAAGGCCAGCGAGACCGAGUUCCUCACCAAGAGCUUCUCCAAGGUCUCGCUGCCGCCCUUUGCCGUCUUCGCCAAGAUGUCGUUCCCCCCCUGCGACCUGGCUGACGAGCCCACAUACGCCACCGUCCAGUGCGGAAAGGACAGGCACCUGAACCUCAACAGCGACCUGCUGUACAUCAACCACUCCUGCGAACCGUCCCUCAUCUUUGAUACGGGCAACUUCAACAUCCUGGCCGGCCCGAAAGGGCUCCGGCCCGGCGACGAGCUGACCUUCUUCUACCCCUCGACCGAGUGGCACAUGGCCCAGCCCUUCGACUGCUUCUGCGGCACCCCCUCGUGCCGCGGAACCAUCGCCGGCGCCCGCGACAUGCCCCGCGCCCAGCUUGAGGGCCUCUGGCUCAACGGCCACAUCCGCGAGCUCCUCGAGGAGCGCGACGCCGGCGGCAGCAGCCGCGACUGCGACGACGACCCCACGGCCCGGGCGCUGAGAGAUGCCCUGAAGGCCGCCGAGCGCGUCGUCGAGUCCGCCCGCUCCGCCCUCCGGACCUAUACCGAGGCCACCGGCAACGGCGGCGGCCGGCAACAGCAGCAGCAGCAGCAGCAGCAGCAGAAGACGGCCAAGAACGGCGUCAACGGCGCCAAGGCCAAGGUCUCGUUGCCCCCCCGUGAGCAGCCCGGGGCCGUCGGCGCCGGCCGCAACGGUGCCAGCGCUAGGGAGCUGGGCGGCGAGAUGGGAGGUGACACGCGCGCUGCCUAA